AUAUCGAUCUCCGAAACUAAACUUUGUCGGACACAGACAAUUUUUUUGGGUUACAACCAAAAAUUAAUUACCUAAAAAUUUCCGAAUUCACCUAAUAAAAUCAACUAAUCGGAAUGUAUCAAAACGGUGGCACGCACCAUUCUCUGACGUCACUGUCAGCCACGCCCACUGGCCUGAACAUGGGCCCGCCCAGUUCCUCCAGCUCCUCCCCCUAUACGCACGCGUCCACAGACAACCUGAGCGCCAGCUUCAUGCCCGCUGGUCCAGUCUACGUCCCGCCCAGCCGCCCACCUCAGACAGGACACAUGCCUCCUCACAUGUCACCUUACGGCAACGGGGCGGGGCAAGCUACGGCCACGCCCACCCUCACCGGCACGCCCACUGGCUCCACCUCUAUGUGGCAGACAGACAAUCUGGGGAUGCCUUACUCUUCUCAAUCGGCCAGCUCCCGUUUCGGUUUCUCGCCGUCUCAAAGUGGACAGAUUAUGUCUCCGACUGAUGCUGCUGCAGUAGCCGCCUACGCCAGGGGCCCUUUACCCAGGACCUCAGCCCUGGGGCACUACACGCCCUACAUGGGCGAUUUUAACGCCUGGAGCAAUUUCAGUAACAUGGCUCUGCAGGGAUUCCGCCAGACUGUGGAUCAUG